AUGGCCGCGCGAACUCACAUGUUCCUCCGCACACCUCCGUCCAUCUUUCCUACACCUCACGCCCAAGGCAUCAUGGCACCCGCCAAAGCGCCUGCGGGCCACUUCUCGAUCCUGUACUUCGCAGCAGCGUCCACCUUCACUGGCAAGACGAGCGAACAUCUUCCUGCACCCGUCCGAGCUCGCGAUGUCUUUGCUAUGCUGGAGGAGCGGUAUCCGGAUAUUCGUGACAAGGUGCUGAGCAGCUGCGCGAUGACGAUCAACAUGGAGUAUGUUGACGUUGGCGAAGAUGAUGCCGAGGACGCGAACAAGCAGAUCGUGGAAGGUGAUGAGGUUGCUAUUAUCCCACCUCUGUCGCAGCCCGCCCCACUAGGGAACAUACUCGAUCCCGCCCUUGAGCAGACAUCGCCGACCGCACCAGGAACAGAGCACGAUGACGACGACCACGACGACCACGACGACGCGCAUGAACACGACACACCUGGUUCUGGCAAAUCUCCCGCCGACCUCAAGCGCCCGCGAGCAUGCGACUCAUGUCGAGGACUGAAGGUCCGCUGCGACCAAGAGCGACCUGAUGUAUCAUGCAGACGAUGCGCAAAAGCAGGCCGGCCUUGCAUCACAACACCGCCGACACGGAAGCGCCAGAAGAAAGCCGACAGUAGAGUCGCUGAGCUCGAACGCAAGAUCGAUGCAUUGACAGCUACACUACACGCGCAGAAGUCGGGAGUACCGGGAGUACCGGAAAUGAGGCACCAUGGAGGCAUACCACAACCCGGUGCCAGCGCCAACGCGAUGCCCAUGCCGGUUGAGGGGCAAUAUCGCAUGGGAACAGUCGAACACGACUGGGCGCAGCCGCCGACGGCCAGAUACCCAGACAUACCAGCCGGCUAUGGUCCGGCACAGAGCUUGCAGAGAGGGCCUGAGCCAAAGCGUAGGAAGAUGGACAAUGCGCACGCUACGAUUCCCGAGGAUAUGGAUGCUAUUCAUCGCGAUCUAGCAGAGCACCCAGAAAUGCGACGAACAAGCAAGAAUAAGAUCCACGCCGACCAUUCACACAUCAGUGCUUUGAUCGACAACCUCAUGACACCGGAUAUCGCGGAGCGGGUUUUCCUUCGUUACGUGAACGAGAUUUGUCCACAUUUCCCUGCCGUACCUUUCCCUCCUGGUACGACAGCGCGUGAAGUCCGAGAGAAAAAACCGCUUCUGUUCCUCGCUGUCCUGGCUGGAUCUUCACAUGGGAGUGCAGAACAACUGGUCUCGCAAGAGGCGCAACGCGAGUUGACCAAGCUCCUCAAAGAUCAGCUUGCCGACAUCAUCUGGCGCAACGGAGAAAAGUCGCUCGAAAUCGUUCAGGCAUUACACAUAUCUGUACUUUGGUAUCGGCCGCCUCUUCAUUUUGAACAGCACAACUUCUACAUGAUGGUCAAUUGCGCUGCCGUAAUGGCUCUUGACCUAGGUCUCGGAAGGAAGGCAACUCCAAAUGUCAUGAGACUCUCGGUUGGUCCGUUCAAGAGGUACCAUCCCAACUCUAGCAGUGUCGAAGCCCGUCGGACUUUCCUUGUGUGUUACUAUCUCUGCAUGAGUAUCACAAUGGUCCUGCGACGACCAAUUCUGCUCCGCUGGACUAAUUACAUGGCGGAGAGUGUUCGCAUACUGGAGACCUCGCCAGAGGCAUUGCCUUCAGACAGACUGCUUUGCCAGCAGGUCAAGAUGGCGCACAUUGGAGAAAAGAUCUCAGUGGAGUUCUGCAUGGAUGACCCUUCAGUCGAGGUCACCAUUUCCGAUCCAAAAGUCAUCUACGCCCUAAAGAUUUUUGAGAACGAGCUCAGCUCACUCAGGGAGGAGAAUUCCUCUCUGGGUGAAAUUGAUCGUGUACGAGCCAUUUACGCUAUCGUUUGCCUAAUGAAGAUGUGGGUAUCAGUCACUAGCUCCGGCGAAGUGGGUAGUAUCAUCUGCCAGGAAGAUCUUAAGAUCGAGGCCUAUACCGAACAACUAGUCUCCAUGUUCAAUGCCAUUGUCUCCCGCGAUGCUCAAUCGCCCCAUGGAAAGUUCUACUUCGUUGCAAAGCGCCUUCAAGAGCGGUUCGCUCACAUCAAAGAGGGUGCUGCUGGCGAGCAACAAACGGAUCCCGAAUACGACUCCACCCGAAACAACAGUCAAACUUCCCGACCCUCCACGCGCCAAUCACCUGCAAACCAAACCCCGCUUCACCUUCUCUCGGAAGUCGCAAUGGGUAGCAGCAACAAUGUCGCUUCUCAGCAACAGCAGCAGCAGCAGACGCAAGCGCAGGCACAGGCGCAAUCUCGUUCUCAGCAACAAGCUCAGGCCGCUUUACAGGCCCACGCGCAGCAUUCUCAGCAAGCCAUGCCAAACUGGUAUCCUAACAUGAACGCACAGCCUACUCCAGAUAUGAUGGGUCUUGGCGCACAACAACCAUUCGAUAUAAACUUCGAUUUCACCCAAUUCGAUCUAGGCACAGGCUCGGACGCAGAUCUGUCAGCACUGUUCAUCCCGGACUCAAUGGCAAUGUGGGGUUACCCUGCCGAUCCCAACAUGCAGGGUGGUUACAAUGGAUACUGA